AUGCGGGCUCGCGGGGAGUCAGACUUGGGUCGGCCUCCGUCGCGGAAGCAUGUUGCGGGCUCCACGUUCGGAUUCUCCCCCAUAGAGGAGGUGGCUGCAUUACCUCCAUCAUGGCUCGCAUUGCCAGAAGCGCUUACAGCACUCCUCGUUCCCCUCCCCUACUUUUUCGCCGAACUUGCAUAUUCUAGGAUCGCCUUUUCUACUGGACUAUCGUCCUCAACUUUCGAAGCUCUCGAGGAGCACGUUCAGGACCCCUUACAGACUGGCACAAAGGAUCCGCUGGUUCAAUAUGGGUCGCAAUUCAUACACGCAUGCGCCCUCUCGUCGCUCACCUUGAUAUCCGCUUCGGUCGUGUCCCAACUUCGAUCGCUUGCAGAUAAGCCGCUGGACCGUCGGAAGUCCGUGGGGAGGGCAGAAGCCCCAGGUUCCAUCCUGAACAGGAUAUGGGAGGCCCGAUCGAUUGGGCGCACUCUCAAUAAUAUGCUGGGGGUGGUACUUCCCUUCUAUGCGACACUUCAGCUGGGCGGCAUCGGAGUCGCCUUGGCCAUGCUAGUGGCUGUGACCGCGGGGCUGGGAAGUCUGGAUCGAAAACCAGGGAAACAUUCGGCGUGGGAUGGAGCGAAGCGGACGUUCCGGAGCCGGAGGACAACAAGCGCUGCCUUAUUGCUAGCAGUGGGUAUACAUUUGUUUUAUGCGCAGAGCAUGCAUAGCGCCCUGCUGGGGCACAUGGCGCUGGCUCUCAACAUUUUUGUCGUACCCCCACCCCUCCCUACGACGGGAUGGUCCUUGAAAACUGGAGUCAGCCGCCUUUCCGGAACCAACGCACGAACUGCACUGCCGAAGCCAUGCUCACCAUUGGUUGCUACAUUUGAGGACACGGUGCUUACACUGAUUGCGGGAGCAAUCCUAGCACUUAUCGCAUUGUUAUCUUCAUUGAUUUCCACAGAAUCUCCCGCAAUUUCCUCUCAGGGUUACCUAUUCCUAGGUCUGUCGAUUGCCUCAGCUACCACUCUCUUCUUAUUUUCGCUGCCUUCUGCCCUGAGGACUCAGAGAAAGGCAGGAUUUGCACUGGGUUGUCUCUCAGUCGCAGCCAUUGGUGCAUAUGAAUAUUUAGACAAAUGGCCAAGCUGGAUAUUCAUCCUGUCCAUGUCGGCCUUGGCUUCCGCAGCAGUAUUCUUCGACACUGGCUCGGGUUCACACUCCCACAAUCAUGCACAUGCCGACCAAAAUCAAGCUCAUGGCCACCAUCUCCACGGAAAUCACUCCAAGCUCUCUUCAUUCCUCAUCUCGCAAUGCACUCCUGGAUCCAUAGUGCAUAGCAUUCUGAUUGAGAAGGACUCUCGACGUAUUGCGUACUUCGGAGUACUCAACUUGUCCUUCAUGAUGAUCCAGUUCUUCUACGGAUUCGUGAGCGGCUCACUGGGACUUCUAACGGACAGCAUCCACAUGCUGUUCGACUGUGCUGGGCUGGCCGUCGGCUUGGCUGCCGCUGUCAUGAGCAAGUGGCCCCCGAAUACGCGGUUCCCCUAUGGCUACGGGAAGAUUGAUACGCUGUCCGGGUUUGCCAAUGGCGUCUUCCUUAUGCUUGUGAGUGUGGAAAUCAUCUUCGAUGCCUUCGAGAGGCUCUGGGAAGGCCACGAACUGCGUCGUUUGAACGAGCUGCUUAUUGUUAGCAUACUGGGCUUCUUAGUCAACAUUGUCGGCUUGACCGCGUUCGGACAUGCACACCACGGGCAUGGGCACUCGCACGAUCAUGGACACGAACACGAAGGACAUGGUCAUCAUCACCAUCAUGAUAACGAGAAUAUGCACGGAAUCUUUCUGCACAUUUUGGCUGACGCACUGGGGUCUGUUGCAGUCAUUGUCUCGACCCUGCUGACGAAGUUCUAUGGAUGGUCGGGUUGGGACCCCAUCGCCUCGUGCAUCAUCGCUGUUCUUAUCUUUGUGUCAGCGAUCCCGCUCGUGAAGAGCUCUGGAAUGCGUCUGUUACUGUCUCUGCCGGCCGAUGUCGAAUAUGGGAUCCGGGAUACGCUUCAAGAACUGAGCUCUUUGCGAGGCGUCAUUGGGUACGCAGUGCCCAAAUUCUGGCUGGAAGACGAGGGAGCGGCGCAUUCAGAAUUCCACAAGGAAGAGGGUUGCGGCCACUCGCAUCAGCAUUCGCACUCGAACGGCCAUGCUCAUGUUCAUGAGAAGGAGGGGAGCGGGCAUGCUCAUUCGCAUGGCCAUGGCCGAAAGAGUGGCGCACAUUUGCGGCAUACUCGGAAGAAUUCCCAUGAUCAUGGCCACAAUCACGAUCACGGCCACAACGACCAGGGCCACAAUCACGAUCACGGCCAGAACGACCACGGCCACAAUCACGAUCACGGCCAGAACGACCACGGCCACGACCACUAUCAUGAUCACAGUCACAAACACGAUCAUGACAACGGCCACGACCAUCCGCCGCGCAAACAGAAGAUCCUAGGCGUCAUCCACAUCAUCGCCUCUCGCGUGUCCGACCCUGAAGAUGUGCGCGAACGUACGGCGCAGUUCCUGAAAGACCGGGGCAUGGAUGUAGUUGUGCACGUGGAGAAGGAGGGGGAGGGUAGAUGUUGGUGUGGAGGUGGGAAUAAAGUUGGUUGAUAUAUUUUUGCUCUUCUUGUGUCACUACAUGUUUAUUGCUUUUUUAUGUUUUAUAAGGUUCUGUGUACGUAUUUUCACUAACUUCCAUUGGGCAUUAUGAAACGAAGCGCUCGCUGGGAUGUGUGCAUUUACAAACUUUGAAAGGGAUUGACCAUGGUGCUGCAUAGGCUGGGACAGCACCGUUGGAGCUGCUGCAUUGGAUUUACCCGUUCUCAGAUUGCAUGUGGGUUGUAGAAUGCACGUGGUGGAGAGUUUUGAUACAUACACAGUAUUAGUGGUGGGUUGGAGUUUGGGGAGCUUCUGAUUAGUCGUUCAGGUGCGAUAACAGAACGUUGGGACAUGGGGGUAAAGGGACAGUGCUGGUGGUGCACAUGGAAUGGUUACACAGUACAACUGGCUGUUGAUGCUAAUACUGGUACAAGUAGUAGAAUCUGGCCAAUGCAAGCGUACC